AUGGAGAAAGAUAUCAACGAGUUAAAGAAUUGUCCAAGUAUAGAGAGAGUUCAUGAGAUAUUGAUGGAUAAUUUGUACAACCCUUCUUUCUCGUAUAUAACUGCAUUGCUUGAUUUCACCAUACCGCAACUAUUCGAUUCACUUCCACAUUCAGAUUUUAAGAUCUUGAUUCAAACGUUUCAAACGUUGAUUGGGUUAGGAAAUCUUCUAAAUAGAAUCUCCACAAGUAAAGAACAAUUACAUUUAUAUUUGACUAUUUUGCAACAUGUAUUCAACGAGGAAUUGGUUGUGAAAUUGAUUAAAGUUAACCCUACUCCUGUUGAAGUAAAGGAAAUCAACAAGCUUAUCUUUAAAGGGAGGGCGUUGGCAAUUGUGAAUGAAGCAUCAACUCUAUCGAAUGUUGAAAUUACAAACGAGUGUUUUAAACAUACUGGUGGCUAUAUUGAAUAUCUAUCUAACUCAUUGCUAAAACUCUAUCAAUCCAAUACGGGGAGUGACAUUACUGGAGAAUUUCUACACUCGAUUCUUAAAUUUGGGGAUAUCUCCAUGAUUAAAUUUUAUGACAUAUUUUUCAAAGAGUCCACUUGGGACUAUUUUGUUCAAUCUUUCCAUUCCAUGAAAAAGUUUCAAAAGAAGGACUACCUAAAAGGUCUACUCAAUAAUUAUGUUGUACGCCUUGUUCGAAAUUCAAAUCUAAAUGCGUUGUUUAAUUUGCUCAGUUUUACAUCUGACCUAUUUGAUGAAAUGGUGAUAGAAUCAAUUAUCCAAACUGCCAAUAAAAGCCUAACCCAACUUGUUGCCAUGAUUCUUACCAAGUGUCCUGAUGAUACAACUGAUUCUUUGAUAAGCAAAUUGAUUGCAAAAUGGUCUAACCGCUCGUUUAUAAAAAAUGAGCCUAUUUCCAUUCAAGAAUCGAGAACAUUUAUGAUUAUGCAGCUAGUUGGCCGACGAAAAGGUUCAGCAUUCAUUAGAGAAUUACUCACAAACAAACUAUUUUUGAAUGCUAUUAACAACAGAUUACUGUCAUUUUCAAAUAACAUCAAGGCAUUGGGUGUGGUUUUGGUCGACUAUGUUUGUGAACUAAAUGGAGAACAAAAGAUAUUCUCAUUGGCGCCAGAGGUAGAUACCUAUUCUUCGUUGAUUGUGCCAAUUGUGGCUACCACAGAAUUACCAGGGCACGAUUGUUGGAAGGCAUUAAAGCUUAAAGAAACAACUUCCCCAAUCAAGGUUGAGAGCAAGCAGGACAUCAAUCACGACUCAGAUGACGAUGACAGCUUGCCACCGCAAGCAGAAGUUGCCGAUCCAAUAUAUGUCAAGCAAUUGAUAGAAUACCUAAAUGUUGACACCAGCAAACAAAACGCAUAUGAAAUGCAAAGAAAGGCAUUACUCAAAGGACCCACCCUACUCCACCAGAAAUAUCGUUAUGGGACAGAAGUUCAUUUUCAUCUGGAAGAAUUGCUAACUUUGUUAAUCGGGCUAGAUAACCAUUUUGAUCAUAAAGAUUUUAAUGAGUUGAAACUUAAUAAUAUGGUUGCUGUAAUUGUUACUAAUCCCAAUAUUACCGUAUAUAUGUUCAAUUUGCUAUUAACUGGCGACUAUUCGUUACAACAGAGAGUGUUAAUCUUAUCUGCAACUUUAUUGGCUGCUCGACAGUUGAAAGGGCUCAAAGACGACACAAUACAAAGUUCAUUCAGCACAACAGGCUUCCCGUCGCAGACUUUACCAGAAGCUUUACACAGAAAGUACCUUGAGUUGGAGGGUGGUUCCAAGUACAUUGAUUUUAUUGAACAUGAAGUACAGAAAGAAUUAUUGGCCGAAGCAUCAGCUGAAGCUCAAGACCAAUUGUUGGGAGCGGGCAAACUAGUCAGGAUUUCGUCAAGAUUAAAGCGACCAGCCAAAUCGACUGAGACUCCAAUAACAAAAGAUUUUUAUACUAUUAUUGGCAAGUUAUUCUUUUUCCCCUUGCUCAAUGUAUGGUACGAAGCAGGCACCAUAGAUAUCGGACACUACUCUCCAGUUUUUAUUGGCCACUAUAUCAAGACUGUGGCGUUGUUAAUACACUGUGCUUAUCCUCUGUCAACUCAAUUAAACGAUAUGGUUAAGGAGUUUUUAAUUUUGAGUUGCAAUGUUCUUCGAAAGAUUUCGUUAGAGGCGACACCUGUGGUCGAGAGCAUAGUUACUGGUGUUUUGAUAGUUUGUGAAGUAUCUAACGCCGAGUUUUUAGUAACUAAUCACAAUGACGAAAUAGUUUUCAUUCAAAACUGGUUGUCGGUGUCAUGGGAUUUGUUGGUUGAUGACAAACUAAAGAGUGUUGCGGCUGGGUUAUUGCUAAGAUUACAAAAACUAGAGUCUAGUUUUAACAGAACCAUAAUGGAUCGAUCUAGUAGUAUUAUUGUUUAA